CUCGUCUGACUACGCCAUUUAAAGUACUGCUUCCCUUCUCGAGGGCAACGUCUGAAGAGCGACCGUUUACCGGACAGAGUUCGUUGGAUAUUUCCCGUUGAACCGCUGUGAAUACAGCAGCAGUAUGGCAGAUGACCUGGACAUCGAGGCGAUGCUGGAGGCUCCGUACAGGAAGGAGGACACCAAGAGCCACAGUCCCAAUGGACAGGAGGACCGCAGCAAGAGGAAGAAACGCAGCCGCAGCCGUGACAGGAGACGCAGCAAAAGUCGAGAAAGGAAGAAGAGCCGGAGUCGCGAGCGGAAACGCAGCCGCAGCAGAGACAAGCGAAGGAGUCGCAGCAGAGAGCGACACGGCAGCAGAGAGAGGGGCGGGCGCUACAGAGACCACCACAAACACCGUCGACGUUCAAAGAGUAAGAGUCCCUUGAAGAAGGAGAAGAGUCCCAUCAGACUGCCGAUAGACAACCUGUCUCCAGAGGAGCGUGAUGCUCGGACG